AAGUCGUCAUAAGCUUGCAAGGGUCACUCUUACAAUUGCUAAAGGAGUUUUUUUUUUCUCAAUAGAUUCUCCUUCCAUUGAAGAGGGGGAGAAUUAAAUGGAUAUUGAAAGAAGACAGAAUAUGAAAGGGGAGCCCAUGAUGGCUGAUGAGGUCUCUGUUGAUUGGAGAGGCAGACCCUGCGAGCCCAACAAGCAUGGAGGCAUGAGGGCUGCUGUCUUUGUUUUAGGGAUCCAAGCAUUUGAGAUCAUGGCAAUUGCUGCAGUAGGGAACAAUCUCAUAACAUAUGUGUUCAAUGAGAUGCACUUCCCUCUAUCAAAAGCUGCCAACAUUGUGACAAAUUUUGUGGGGACUGUCUUUCUCUUGUCUCUCUUUGGGGGUUUCCUCUCUGAUUCUUAUCUUGGGAGUUUUUGGACUAUGCUCAUCUUUGGAUUUGUGGAGCUUUCGGGCUUCAUACUACUCUCGGUUCAAGCACACCUCCCCCAGCUAAGACCCCCACAAUGCAACAUGAUGUCAACAGAAUCCCACUGCGUUGAAGCCAAAGGCAUCAAAGCCACAAUCUUCUUCAUUGCUCUCUACUUAGUUGCAUUAGGCAGUGGAUGCCUGAAACCCAACAUGAUAUCUCAUGGGGCUGAUCAAUUCAUUAAGGAUGAUCCAAAGCAAUCAAAGAAACUGUCUACGUACUUCAACUCCGCAUACUUCAGCUUUUGUGUUGGUGAGCUUAUUGCGCUCACUGUCCUGGUUUGGGUUCAGACUCGGUCAGGGAUGGACGUCGGGUUUGGCGUUUCGGCGGCCGCCAUGGGGUUUGGGCUGGUGAGUUUGAUUUCAGGGAUGGUUUUUUACAGGAAUAAGAGGCCUCGAGGGAGUAUUUUCACUCCCAUUGCAAGAGUUUUUGUGGCUGCAAUAACUAAAAGAAAACUAGUGUGCCCAUCUAACUCUGCAAUUGCCCAUCGGUGCAGUAAUAAUGCAGCUCAUGAUAUCAUCUCUUAUGGUGGCCUUGAUCCAUCUUCAAAUGUGGGGCACCUCCUUCACACUGAAAAAUUCAGGUUCCUUGACAAGGCCUGCAUCAGAAUCCACACGGAAGACGACGAGAACCCCUGGCGACUCUGCACGGUCAGGGAAGUCGAACAAGCCAAGAUCCUCCUCUCCGUCAUCCCCAUCUUCGCCUGCACGAUCAUUUUCAAUACGGUCCUCGCGCAGCUCCAGACUUUCUCAGUCCAACAAGCAUCCUCCAUGGACACCCGCCUCUCCCCGUCCUUCUCCAUCCCCGCCGCCUCCCUCCAAUCCAUCCCCUACCUCCUCCUCCUCGCCCUCGUCCCCCUCUAUGAAACCUCCUUCAUCCCCUUCGCUCGAAAACUGGCCAACAACGAGCAUGGCGUAACUCCGUUGCAGCGCAUUGGCGUUGGCUUGCUGACGGUAACACUCUCCAUGCUGUCCGCAGCCUUGGUCGAAAAAAGGAGAAGGGAGGUUCAUUUGGACAGCGGAAGGUUGCUGUCGGUGUUCUGGAUCGCGCCGCAGUUUGUCAUCUUCGGGGUCUCUGAGAUGUUCACUGCGGUCGGGCUAAUUGAGUUCUUUUACACCCAGAGUUUGGUGGGAAUGCAGAGCUUCUUGACCGCAAUGACUUACUGCUCGUAUUCAUUUGGGUUUUACCUGAGCUCGGUGUUGGUGUCCUUGGUGAACAGGAUCACUUCAGCCUCUUCAAAUAAGGGUUGGCUCGGUGAUAAUGACUUGAAUAAGGAUAGGUUGGAUCUUUUCUACUGGAUGUUGGGUGGGCUUAGUUUGCUAAAUUUCUUUAACUAUCUGUAUUGGGCAAGGUGGUACUCUAACAGUCCAAGGUUGUUGGUGCCAAAUCCAACAGUUGAUGAAGAAGCCAAGUGAGCAAAUAAAAAUAACCCCUUAGUUUGUAGUUGAGCUUGUAUUUGGGUAAAGGUGGGAAAAUUGUGUAAAAGGGUGGUAGAAAUUAAGAUGUAAUGUUAAAAAAGUUGUAGAGCCGAGUUCAGUA